AUGACGCCCGCCACGGCAACCACAAGUGAUAGAUCCACGCGGUCCAAGUUCAAGGUCGAACGCCCGCCGUCCGAUAACGGCGUCUCGGGUAGCACCAUGUCCAACUCGACCAUCCCGACGCCGACACAGUAUACCUCGGACGACGAACUGUCCACCGCACCGUCCAGCGCCGCACCGACUCCUGCAAGCGACUCCAAGCCCACCACGCGCGGCAAAACGGCAUCCUCUUAUCCUGGCUUCCAGCCGGCUAGUUCGCUGAUGCGGGUCGUGAUAGAGCUACCUGACCGGUCGUCAAUGAACGCGGCUGGCGGAAGCUCGGACCCAAGCUUGAGCUCUGCACCCCUCGCUUCGGAUAGUGCAAAGGCUCUCAGCAGAAGCAAGUACUCGUUGUUUCCUAACAAGAAGCGGCGCUUUCUUGUACAGGACUCCGAAGCCGACGACGACUCCGAUAGCUUUAGUACUGCCGAUGCCCAGUUGCAGAAUCGGAUCGCCUCUGAUGCCAUGCUGGCACAAAAACUCCAAGCGGAAGAAGAUUUGCGCCUCCCUAAGCAGGAGGACACGAAGCCCUCGCGCCGCAACCGUACCUUGGACUUCCUUCCCCAAAAGGAAGAGGCGCCGUCCUCAGCCACAUCCGCAUCCGAGUAUCCCGACGUCGAGAUAUUGUCUUCGCGUCCGGUCAAGAGACAGCGGCUGAACGGGGCGGCAUCUGCGCCCACGCCGCUGUCCAGCCACGUCGGCCCCAUAACGAUCAAGGACGACGCCGAUGACAGCAGCGCGCUCAGCAGCCCGCCACCAGAUGCCAAUGAGUGGGGCACUUUCUCCUACAUUUCCAAUGACGUGGACGAGUCGGACCCCCUUAUGCGCGACCGUGAUCUGGGCACGCGCCGGGCAUACCGGGACUACAAGAACAAGAAGCGUGUCGUGUCUGACAGAGAACGCCUCGAAGAGCAGCAUCCCGUCCUCAAGAAAAUGUGGAAGGAUCUGGAGAAGACGGCCGUUCUCAAGGCCGGCCGUGCCGACCAGCCCUCCAACAUCUCCCGCAGCCUCAAGCCGUUCCAGCUCGAGGGCGUGGCGUGGAUGACGGCCAUGGAGAAGACAAAGUGGAAAGGUGGGCUUCUUGGUGACGAAAUGGGCCUGGGAAAGACCAUCCAGGCCGUAUCGCUCAUCAUGUCCGACUAUCCGGCUAAGCGCCCGACCCUGGUCCUCGUCCCACCCGUUGCUCUGAUGCAGUGGACGUCCGAAAUCGCUUCCUACACCGACGGCUGCCUCAAAACCUUUGUCUACCACGGCACCAAUGCCAAGACCAAGGGCAUGACGAAGAAGGACAUCCGCAAGUACGAUGUCAUUAUGAUGUCGUACAAUAGCUUGGAGUCCAUGUAUCGCAAACAAGAACGCGGCUUUACCCGCAAAGACGGCGUUUACAAAGAGGAGAGCAUCAUUCAUGGUACACACUUCCACCGUAUCAUCCUCGACGAAGCACACUGCAUCAAGACGCGUAGUACCAUGACGGCCAAGGCAUGCUUUGCCCUGGAAGGCGACUACCGCUGGUGUCUUACUGGCACGCCGCUGCAGAACCGGAUUGGAGAGUUUUUCUCGCUCUUGCGUUUCCUCCAGAUCGAGCCGUUUUCCAACUACCUGUGCCGUGAUUGCAACUGCUCCAAGAUGGAGUGGCUUGUCGACGGCGACAAUUUCUGCACGCACUGCAAGCACAGAGGUAUGAGGCAUCUCUCGGUCUUCAACCAGGAGCUGCUGAAUCCAAUUCAACGGUAUGGCAACUUUGGUCCGGGCAAGGAGGCUUUCGCAAAGCUGCGCCUUUUGACCGAUCGAAUCAUGCUCCGCCGCCUCAAAAAAGAUCAUACCAACUCCAUGGAGCUGCCCGUCAAGCGUGUCCUUGUCGACCGGCAGUUUUUCAGUGACAUCGAGACCGAUUUCGCCAACAGCAUCAUGACCAACUCGGAGCGCAAGUUCACCACGUACGUGGAAAACGGCGUGAUGUUGAACAAUUACGCCAACAUCUUUGGUUUGAUCAUGCAGAUGCGCCAGGUCGCCGACCACCCCGAUCUCAUCCUCAAGAAAAACAGCGAGGGGAGCCAGAACGUCAUGAUCUGUUGUAUCUGCGACGAGCCGGCUGAGGAGGCCAUCAGCUCCCGGUGCCGCCAUGAUUUCUGCCGCGAGUGUGCGCGCAGCUAUCUGGCCGCCACGGAGCAGCCCGACUGCCCGCGCUGCCACAUUCCGCUGGCGAUCGACCUGGAGCAGCCGGAGAUUGAGCAGGACGAGGUCCAGGUCAAGAAGUCGUCGAUUAUCAAUCGCAUCCGCAUGGCGAACUGGACCUCGUCGUCCAAGAUCGAGCUGCUGGUCUAUAACCUGUACCGCCUGCGCUCCGAAAAGGCCCGGCACAAAUCCAUCAUCUUCUCGCAGUUCACCACCAUGCUUCAGCUGAUUGAAUGGCGUCUCCGCCGGGCCGGUAUCACGACUGUGAUGCUCGAUGGCAGCAUGACUCCUGCGCAGCGGCAAGCCUCGAUUGAGUAUUUCAAGACCAACGUCGACGUCGAGUGUUUCCUCGUGUCUCUCAAGGCAGGUGGCGUCGCUCUCAACCUGACGGAGGCGUCGCGUGUCUUUAUCAUUGAUCCUUGGUGGAACCCUGCUGCGGAAUGGCAGUCGGCUGAUCGCUGCCACCGUAUCGGCCAGACACGCCCUUGUGUCGUGACACGCCUGUGUAUCGAGGAUUCGGUCGAGAGUCGCAUGGUUCUCUUACAGGAGAAGAAGACGCGCAUGAUCAACUCCACAAUCAACUCGGAUGACGCAGCCAUGGAGUCGCUGACGCCCGAGGAUCUUCAGUUCCUGUUCCGCGGCAGCUGA